ACGGGCUUUAAAGACUGCAACUUUUUUCUCAUUCCACCGAAGCUUUCUCUCUCUAGAUUCUCUUUCUCUCAACCGCUUUGAAUGAAUCAAAUACUCUGCCUAAAAUAUUCUUCGACCCCCAAGCAUUCGAGGUUACGCUUUUUUCUGCAUUCUCUCUUCUGUUCAUCACAGUUGAGAAUUAGAUCUGACGAUGGCUAACCGUUAUGAUUCCAACCCUUUCGAGGAAGUUGAUGAAAACCCAUUUGCCCUGGGUAGCGAAGAAUUAGGAGUUCAGUAUGUGGGGAAUAGUGAGAUCUUUGAUGGAGUUUGCUGUUGGUUCAUAGUGAUGGAGGAGCUAAAGGAAAACCGUCUGGACAACAAAAAUUUAGUGGAGGCUCAUUCUUUACAACAUCUGCUGGAAGUGUUCCACCUGCAGCAAACUCGAGGUUAUCACCCCUUCCUCCCGAGCCUGCUGAUUUCUACAAUCCCACUGCAGUUGAUAUUCCACUGGACAGUUCUUCAGACUGAAAGUGCGAUGAAGUUUACCUGGUUUUUCUUGUUUUACUUGCUCCACAUUGGCUUCUGCAUCUUUGCUGCUGUGGCACCUCCUGUAGUUUUCAGAGGAAAAUCUCUUGCAGGGAUCCUGCCAGCUGUGGAUUUAAUCAGUGCCCAUCUAUUGGUUGGAAUAUUCUAUUUCAUUGGGUUUGGACUUUUCUGCCUGGAAUCAGUUCUCAGCAUCUGGGUCAUACAGCAAGUUUACAUGUACUUUCGAGGCAGUGGCAAAGCUGCAGAAAUGAAGCGUGAAGCUGCUAGAGGAGCUUUGAGGGCGGCAAUUUAA